AUGGGCCGAGCUCCAGCGCCUCUCCCCGCAGACCUCACCUUCCUCACUCUCCUCCUCCUUUUCCUCCCUCUCAUCUCUCCGCUAGGUUUCCAGUUCGGCCCCUUCGAUCACUCCUACUACGACAAACUAACCGUCAUCUCUCCGGCCACCAUCUCCAACAACGCCCUCCAGGUCACCCCCGACUCCGCCAACUACAACCUCAAGAACCUAUCCGGUAGGAUCCUCUAUACAAAGGACAUCAAGCUCUGGGACGGACCCUCCGUAGCCCCCACCAAGCUCGCCUCCUUCAAUACCUCCUUCCUCAUCAACAUCAACCAGGUCAAUGACAGUACCCCCGGUGAGGGCCUGGCUUUCAUCGUUGCGCCGGACUUGGACCUCCCAGAGAGCAGCUUCGGCGGCUACCUCGGGCUCACCAACAACCUCACGGACGGCCUCUCCAGCAACCACCUCUUGGCCGUGGAGUUCGACACCUUCCAGCAGGACUACGACCCGGACGCAAACCACAUAGGCCUCGACAUCAAUUCGGUCCGGUCUAACCAGACCAUCUCCCUAGCGCACCUAGGCUUCUACCUCGCUCCGAACGUCACCAAAUACUUCCACGUCUGGAUCGGAUACGAUGGCGGCCAGAAGAUCCUGGAGGUCUACAUGACCGAGGAAGACCAGUCCAUCCCGACGAAGCCCAAGCCGGCAUCUCCAAUCAUGACGGCAAGCCUCGACACGAGCAAGGUGGUGAGCCAGAACUCCUACUUCGGGUUCGCCGCGUCUACUGGGGACAACGAUGAGCUCAACUGCGUACUGAGUUGGAACCUGACGGUGGAGGAGUUGCCGAAAGGCAUGCCGACUGGGCUAGUGAUCGGGCUGGCUGUUGGGAUCCCGGCGGCAGCUUUGGCGCUGCUCGGGGCGAUCAUCCUGGGCGUCUGGGUGAGGGGGCAGAGGGGGGCGGCGAGCCAUCCGAACGUCCUGGGGACGCUGAAGAGCUUGCCGGGGACGCCAAGGGAGUUCAAGUUCAGGGAUCUCAAGAGGGCGACGGGGAACUUCGAUGAGAGCAACAAGCUAGGGCAGGGAGGCUUUGGGGUGGUGUACAAGGGGGUGCUAGCGACGGAGAAUCAGCAGGUGGCAGUAAAGAAGUUCUCGAGGGACGAGCUGAAGAGCCAGGACGACUUCCUAGCGGAGCUCACCAUCAUCAAUCGCCUGCGCCACCGGCAUCUCGUCCCCUUGCUCGGGUGGUGCCACAGGAAAAGGACACUGCUUUUGGUGUAUGAGUACAUGCCGAAUGGGAGCCUCGAUAGUCACAUCUUUUGUGGCCCAGAGAAGCAGACUUUAGGGUGGAGCCACCGCUACAAGAUCAUCACCGGCGUCGCGUCCGCCCUCCACUACCUCCACGAUGAGUAUGACCAGAAGGUCCUCCACCGCGACCUCAAGGCCAGCAACAUCAUGCUUGACUCUGACUUCAACGCUCGCCUCGGCGACUUCGGCCUCGCUCGUGCCAUCGACAACGAGAAGAACUCCUACGCCGAGCUCGAGGGCAUCCCAGGGACGGUCGGCUACAUCGCCCCUGAGUGCUUCCACAUGGGCAAGGCCACCCGGGAAUCCGACGUCUUCGGCUUCGGCGCGGUCAUCCUCGAGGUGGUUUGCGGCCAGCGCCCAUGCAGAAAGGCAGGGUUCAGCGGGUUCCCGUUCUUGGUGGACUGGGUGUGGUCGCUCCACCGCGACGGGCGGAUCCUAGAGGCAGUGGACGAGCGCUUGGGCGGGAACUACACAGUGGAAGAGGCCCGUCGGUUGCUGCUCCUCGGGCUGGCUUGCUCCCACCCGAUCACCGCCGAGAGGCCCAAGAUGCCGAUGAUCGUGCAAAUUCUUUCGGGGACAGUAGACGUGCCGCACGUCCCGCCUUUCAAGCCCGCAUUCGUUUGGCCCUCGGUGAGCCCGCAGACCGAGGAUGGAGAUACCACGGAUGUGACGCCGAUGACAUCGUCGCGGUUCCGGUCCGGCUCGACUCCAAGAUACGUGGACAAAGAAAGUGACACCGGGCACCGCAACAGCUCACCCGUGUGAGAUG